GGGAAGUAGUUUAGUUCCACUGACAACAGCAACAUGUGACGUACGGAGACAGAAUACAUAGGGGCCUAUAUAUGAUCAAUGGAAUUUAUGCCUAAUUUAUUCCGCCCGCUCGGAAAGCGUCGACUCGCCGAAAUGGAUUCGGACAUUUAAAGUUUUGUUUGUUUGUUUGUGUAUUUUUUUUUACGAGGGUUGAAUAGUUCGUGUACAACGUUGGGCGAGUGGGUUGCUUCGGAUGAAAGAGCGUUUCGGGUUUAGUUUUUUAUAUAUAUACAUGUAUAUAAAUUAUUUAGUUUUCUGUCUAAAAUGAGGAAGCCGCAGUAUAAACGCUUUUAGGAUUCUUCUUGCGACAAAUGCCCUUCUCGACCUCCGUCGCCGGUCGAGAGUCGGGCAUCGUCCGCUGUAGGAGAAUCAGAAUGAAAAAGCCGAAAGUGGGUCGGAUGUUUCUGGCGACAUGCGUCGGAUCGUUUUUCAUUCUCAUCUUGUACAUCCAGAACAUCUCAAGAUCAGGUGACUUCGAACAGCUUUCGAGUGGAAACAGUUUCCCAGUUAAAUCAAGACGAAGUCCUUUGCAGACACUACAAGAAAAUUACCAGCUGGAGCAGUCUGCAGUGCAGGCCACUCUACAGGGCCGGCGCGAACUCCUGGAGGAAACUUGUCUCAAGCAUACUCGUAAAAGACGUGUACUCAGCCCGGAAGAUCUCCGACACCUCAUAGUGGACGAUAAACACAAGUUGCUGUACUGCUAUGUUCCCAAAGUGGCAUGCACCAACUGGAAGCGUGUGAUGAUGGUACUAACUGGUGAAGGUCGCUAUCGCGAACCACUAGCUAUUCCAGCCAACGAGGCCCACGUGGCGGGCAACCUACAUUCACUCUCUGAGUAUUCCAAGGCCGAGAUCAACAAGCGCCUUCGCACAUACUUAAAGUUUAUCUUUGUUCGCGAGCCAUUUGAGAGACUAGUUUCUGCCUACCGGAACAAGUUCACACGUAGCUACAACACAGCGUUCCAUAAACGCUACGGAACCAAAAUCAUUCGCAGGCAUCGGGAGGACCCCAAACCCGAAGCAAUGGAAAAAGGCAACGAUGUCUCUUUUGAGGAGUUUGUGUAUUAUUUAGUAGACCCCCAGACUCAGAGAGAAGAACCUUUUAAUGAGCACUGGGAGAGGGUUCACUCGCUUUGCCACCCUUGCUUGAUCCAUUAUGACGUGGUGGGCAAAUACGAAACUCUAGAGCAGGAUUCACGCUAUAUUCUAAAGCUAGCAGAUGCUGAUGGAGAGGUCAAAUUUCCAGCCACCUCCAAGAGCACCAGGACCACAGGAGACAUGGCCGCCAAGUUCUUCGACAACAUCAGUCCGUUUUACCAGAAGAAACUCUUUAACCUCUACCGAAUGGACUUCUUACUGUUUAACUACUCUGUGCCGGCAUACUUGAAGUUGAGAUGAGGG